CGCUGCCCCCCCGCCCGCCGUGAUACUGAGAGCAACAGUUCCCCAGCAACACCCCUCCCCGACACAGGCACACACCCCCCAACAGGCACGCACACUCACCCCACAGCGCCCGGCUCCGCAGCGCUCCCUCCAUUGGCCCAGGAAGCCCCACCCUGCCCUGCCACACAGAACCCAGAAGGAAAGGAAGCCUCAUGCCUGAGCCGAGGGGCGCACCAUGGAUCUGACAAAGAUGGGCAUGAUCCAGCUUCAAAACCCUAGCCACCCCACAGGGCUGCUGUGCAAGGCCAACCAGAUGCGGCUGGCUGGGACUCUCUGCGACGUGGUCAUCAUGGUGGACAGCCAGGAGUUCCACGCCCACCGGACGGUGCUGGCCUGCACCAGCAAGAUGUUUGAGAUCCUCUUCCACCGCAACAGCCAGCACUAUACCCUGGACUUCCUCUCGCCAAAGACCUUCCAGCAGAUUUUGGAGUACGCGUACACAGCCACCCUGCAGGCCAAGGCGGAGGACCUGGAUGACCUGCUGUAUGCAGCUGAGAUCCUGGAGAUCGAGUACCUGGAGGAGCAGUGCCUGAAGAUCCUGGAGACCAUCCAGGCCUCCGAUGACAAUGACACGGAGGCCACCAUGGCGGACGGCGGGGCCGAGGAGGAAGAGGACCGCAAGGCUCGGUACCUCAAGAACAUCUUCAUCUCGAAGCAUUCCAGCGAGGAGAGUGGGUAUGCCAGUGUGGCUGGACAGAGCCUCCCUGUGCCCAUGGUGGACCAGAGCCCCUCAGUCUCCACCUCAUUUGGUCUGUCAGCCAUGAGUCCCACCAAGGCUGCAGUGGACAGUCUGAUGACCAUAGGACAGUCUCUUCUGCAAGGGACUCUUCAGCCACCUGCAGGGCCCGAGGAGCCGACUUUGGCGGGGGGUGGGCGGCACCCUGGGGUGACUGAGGUGAAGACAGAGAUGAUGCAGGUGGAUGAGGUGCCUGGCCAGGACAGCCCUGGGACAGCUGAGUCUAGCAUCUCCGGAGGGAUGGGGGACAAAGUUGAGGAGAGGGGCAAAGAGGGUCCAGGGACCCCAACUCGAAGCAGCGUCAUCACCAGUGCCAGGGAGCUGCACUAUGGGCGAGAGGAGAGUGCCGAGCAGCUGCCACCCCCCGCAGAGGCCAGCCAGGGGCCCCCUGGUCGACCUGAGCAUGCAGUGCCCCCAGCUGAGAAACACUUGGGCAUCUACUCCGUGUUGCCCAACCACAAGGCUGAUGCCGUGUUGAGCAUGCCGUCUUCGGUGACCUCCGGCCUGCAUGUACAGCCUGCCCUGGCGGUCUCCAUGGACUUCAGCACCUACGGGGGUCUGCUGCCGCAGGGCUUCAUCCAGAGGGAGCUGUUCAGCAAGCUGGGAGAGCUGGCUGUGGGUAUGAAGUCCGAGAGCCGGUCCAUUGGGGAGCAGUGCAGCGUGUGUGGGGUCGAGCUCCCCGACAAUGAGGCCGUGGAGCAGCACAGGAAGCUGCACAGUGGGAUGAAGACGUACGGGUGUGAGCUCUGCGGAAAGCGGUUCCUGGAUAGUUUGCGACUGAGAAUGCACUUACUGGCUCAUUCAGCGGGUGCCAAAGCCUUUGUCUGUGAUCAGUGUGGUGCCCAGUUCUCAAAGGAGGAUGCCCUGGAGACACACAGGCAGACCCAUACUGGCACAGACAUGGCUGUCUUCUGUCUGCUGUGCGGGAAACGCUUCCAGGCGCAGAGCGCGCUCCAGCAGCACAUGGAGGUCCACGCGGGCGUGCGCAGCUACAUCUGCAGCGAGUGCAACCGCACCUUCCCCAGCCACACGGCCCUCAAACGGCACCUGCGCUCACACACAGGCGACCACCCAUAUGAGUGUGAGUUCUGUGGCAGCUGCUUCCGGGAUGAGAGCACACUCAAGAGCCACAAACGCAUCCACACGGGCGAGAAACCCUAUGAGUGCAAUGGCUGCGGCAAGAAAUUCAGCCUCAAGCACCAGCUGGAGACGCACUACAGGGUGCACACAGGUGAGAAGCCCUUUGAGUGCAAGCUCUGCCACCAGCGCUCCCGGGACUACUCGGCCAUGAUCAAGCACCUGAGAACGCACAACGGCGCCUCGCCCUACCAGUGCACCAUCUGCACGGAGUACUGCCCCAGCCUCUCCUCGAUGCAGAAGCACAUGAAGGGCCACAAGCCAGAGGAGAUCCCGCCUGACUGGAGGAUAGAGAAGACUUACCUCUACCUGUGCUACGUGUGAAGGGAGGCCGUGGCAGUGGAGCAGGCGUGGGGAGCAAGGGAAGAAGAGCUAGAGACGAAGGCGAGGAAGGACUGUGCAAAAAAAGAAAAAAAGGAAAAAUCAAAAACAAAAAAAAAAGGAAAAAAAAAAAAAAAGAGGAAGCCUGAUAGCUGUUUGGCCUGGCACUCCAGGUGACCUGGACGCCAAGCCCCUGCCCUUUCCCUAGAGGCCUUCUUCCCCGGCUGGAGGUUG